AUGACCUUAACACCAGUAAGAGAUGAGCGCUUAGCUACCUUUGAGAUAAUAGCUCUUUCAGUGAUAUUUUCAUUAAUCAUCACAGGUAACAUUAUAUGCCUGGUUAUGUUAUGUCGAUACACACGAGCCAAAAAACGGAUAUUUAUAUUCAUGCUGAAUCUUUGCAUAGCGGAUUUGUCUGUAGGACUCUUCAACGUAUUACCUCAACUUAUAUGGAAAAUCACGUUCGAGUGGAAAGGCGGUUUCACCCUGUGCAAGAUAGUCCCUUACCUACAAGUUUUUAGUAUGUACUUAACGACUUAUAUCUUGAUAUCGAUAGCCUUGGAUAGAUAUCUUGCCAUAUGCCACGCGAUGAGCGUAUAUCAAAGAUCGUGCUACCGUGUUAAAGUAUGUAUAUUUUUGACCUGGUUUGUUUCUUUUAUAUUUGCCACCCCACAACUUUUUAUUUUUAAAAGAGUGACGGUGACAUACAGAAAUGAAAUGAAUAAUGAUAUGGUAAAUAAUUCUCCUCCUAACAUUCCAACUUUUAUCUACAAUGAAAGCCUAAGUAAUUGUAAAUUACCAACUCAACUCAAAAUCAGUCAUAACUAUAACAAUGGAACUAAUUAUUCCAAACUAGCAAAAAUAAAAUAUUUGAAUCUAUCCAAGUUUAAUUCUAGUCUUUGGCAAAAUUGCUCAUUCAAUCAACAUACAUUAGACAAGCCCUCAGAAUUACAUGUGAAUAGUUCACCUUUAAGGUUGCAUUAUUAUUGCCGAGCCAUUCACAAGUAUGAGUGGAGUGAAAAUAUCUACAUUUUAUGGUUUUUGAUCGCUAUAUAUAUCAUUCCUUUAUUUGUGAUUCUAUAUUGCUAUAUUAGUAUAUGCACCAAAAUUUUGAUCAAUAUUAAAAAUAAACGCAAGCCCUGCAUCAUAGAACCCAGCAAUUUUUGCUAUAGAGGCCUUUUUAAGUCUAGGAAGUCUAAAUUAAUUUCAUCUCACUAUGUUCAUAGCGAAUCAAAGUCUUCCGGUUUUUCGAACACCUAUAUUGAAACUUCGAACAGUGAAACUAAGUUUGAGGACUUUCCAAAGAUAUCUUUAAAACAAACGUUUUUUCCGUUAAAAUAUAGGUCACUUCAAUACCUUGGAUCCAAAAUAUAUUCAUUUAAAUCAAAAAAUCUUUAUAUUCCAACCUCCAAAAUGCAGAAAUUUCGAAAUUCAACCCCCAAUAUUGAGAUUCCAAAUAUUUUAAUUGACCAAGAUAUUGAGUCAAAAAAUAAGAAGAAAACAUAUACGGAAAAGAAAAAUGACGAUGAAUUAUGUACUCAUCCGAAACACCGAUUUAGAACCCAUUCCUUGGAAACUAUUAGUAGAGCGAAAGUUAAAACAAUUCAACUCACUCUCAGCGUUGUAAUUUGCUAUAUUAUAUGCUGGUCACCUUAUUUCAUAUUGGAAAUCUGGAGAAUAUGGUGCUAUAUAUUUCAUUCAUAUUUUACGAUAGUGGAGACCGGAGAUAGUAUUAUCCUGGGGCAGAAAUUGCGAAUUUCAAUCUUCCAGCACGAUAUAUUAUAUCCCUAUGAUUUUCUCAUGUGCUCAUAUUUAAAUAUUUUUUACACUUUCGUUAUAUUCUCACUUUUGGGAAAUCUGACAAGUUGCUUCAACCCCUGGAUAUACAUUCUAUUCAAUAAAUCAGUAUUUAGGUGCAAAUCGAAAGAAAGAAAUGAAGAAAUGGAUGGCAUAAUUCGCAAGAUCAGUUCAAAACGAAAAACGUUGAAUUCAGUUCUUUGAUUA